AUGGGAGCCAUUCGAAAAAUUCCACGCACCCGGCAGAUGCCAGACUUCCGACGUCGUUUGCAGCGCGCACUGUCCUUGUCAUCCUCGGAAUCCGAAUACAGCCCAAGCCCAUCCCGAUCUCUGUCUGGAGACACUACCGAGGAAGAGGCAUCGAUGCCCUCGAACAAGAACGACAAAGCUGUUCCGCAACUGGGCGAUCCUCCCAGUACCCACGAUCACGGGGUGCUUCCGAGUCCUCAAUACGGCGAACUCUUAUCUCAGCCCAGAGACAGCAACGUGCUUACCCUCACAUGCCUCGCAGAAUCCCUAGAUUGUAAAUUGACGGACCAAAAUAAGUGUAUCGAGGAUCUCCGCAGGGAUCUGGCAGACCUUCUCCACCGGCUGGAGGCUGUCGAGGCGGAAGCAGAGGAGCGGAUCAAAAGUGAUAUGACUGAUGCGCCAGUUGGGCCGGAGCAGAAGACGGAGCGGAAGCGGCGGUCGCAGCGGGGAUAA